AGAACAUAAAGUGCGGUCAUUGCGAUCACGGUACAAAACGCUGAUAGAAAGAGCACAGAGAACAUGAAACAGUCGCGAACUUUGUCUACUAUGAUAAGACGACAGGCAGUUUAUUAGACGACGCAGUUUGAAACAUGUUGACCUCGAUCUCGACUCUCGUACUGGUGGCGUGUUUCGUUGGUCACGUGAUUUUCGUCAUGGGUGACUUCUCCUGUCUGUGCAGUUACUCGGUGGAGGUACCUGUUCAUACUACUACCGAGAAGUCAUCGGCGGCUAUAGGCUACUUGUAUGAAUUUGACUGCAAGCCCGUGCAUACGCCGCUCAUAGACAGCCCAUGGAUACCAAUAGAGUUUAGCCAUCAGGUAGGGUACGUAUUGCAGAGCGCAGAGCAAAUGGUUCAGACAUGUCCAGGGAACCCCAGCCCUGACGAUAUUGUAACGACACCAACGACGACAACCAUGACAAAUAUAAGCACAUCAAUUUCAUCGUCAGAAAAUACCAGUUCUUCAACUUCUAAGUCAACGAAGUCGCAUUCUUCUCCAACAACAACGAGACCAACAAUGUCAAGCAAUUCGUCAGCAUAUAUAUCAACGACUACCACUGCAAGUAUAAUAUCCGAGUCCACACAAUCUCAAUUCUCUUCACACGCCAAGACAACUACAGAAGUAUUGCAGUCACGAACACCAGCAGUAAAUGCCGUAUAUACCACAACAUUAUUACCUUAUUCUACAAUGACACAAAACACAACGCAUGGAAGUAUAACCGAGACAAAGCCAUUCAUGCUUUCAACAAAUACUUAUCAUUCUCUGAUACAAGAGACGACACCGUUAACUGAAGCGGCUGCAUCGAAAGAGAUGACAUCGUCGAAAUUCGAAACGAAAACAACUGCAUCCAUUUUAUAUGGCACAUCGAAUGUGUCAUCUAAAGCAGCGGAAGCAAAAUCAAAUAAUGAAACGACACCUAGUAUCAACACCCCCGAGACCCUCCCAUUAACCUCAACGACCACCACAUUCGGAAACCUAUUGACACCUUCCGCUCACACAGACACCACAGACCUUCUUACCGAUUCCGCUUCCACAACUACAAUCGAAACCAUCACCACUAGCACUACUUCUUCUUCCGCCACGGAUGCUACACAUGCCAUUACAAUCGUUGCUACAGACACACCAAGCACGACAAGCACUUUCCCUACAACAGCAGAAAUACUGACAACGGAAAUACCAUCGUCAACAGAAGCAAAACCAACACAAACGCAAAUUCCAAACAGCUGUUCUGAUGUAGUAAAGAAUCAUGCAGAAACAUAUCAUGGAGCCACGUUAUUCCAAGGCAGUACCUGUCUUGAACUCGUUACCUACCCAAGCGACUGGGUGAGCGCGGAAACCAACUGCGCGUCUCGUGGAGGUCAUCUGGUUGAUAUUCUCAGUCAAAGAGACGAAGACAUGGUUAUCUCGUUUCUACAAUCUAAUCACGUCACGGGUAAUGUUUGGAUUGGGCUGAAUGACAGAGCUAACGAGGAUACAUUUGUCUGGUCAUCAGGUCAUCCGCUGUCAUAUUCUCAUUGGAUAUCGGGGGUAAAUGGAGUGCUGAAUGUUCCGUUUGCGCAUUACGUCCAUGACUGCGUGGCAAUGAUUCCAGAUUUUACAGAGGUCUUUAUUCACCACAGAGGAGAAUGGGACGAUUUCAGCUGUAGUGAAAACCAUCCCUUUAUCUGUCGAUAUGAACAAAAACGUUACCAAGAGGUCAUCAUUGGCUGACGGGAAUAUCAGUAGUGCUUUAGUAUUGUGAAAUAAAACAUCAGCUGCGAGCUGACAAGCUGACGCGGUUGAUUUUAAUAAAGUGCUUUUGUAUUGUUUAA